AAAAGUUACGUGAAUACGUAAAGGACAAAUUCGUAGCGAAGCGCCUCUUGCUAGUGUGUGAGUGCGGCGUGCCGUGAGUGUGUGUGAGAGUGUGUCUGUGCAAAAAAGAAAAACAACAGCCAAAAAAUGUGCAGAAGCGUGCAAAAAAUUAUAAAUUUAAGAAAAACCCAAAGCAUCUAAUAAUUAAAGCCAAGCUAAAUUCGGACGCAACACGCCAAAGAAACAACGUCAAUAAAUUGUCGCAAUGUGUGAACUAAGUUGAGCCAGUGCACAGAUCGCGAGAUCCUAACAUUAUAGCGGAGGAGUAUAAACCCUAUAUAUAUAACCCUAGAGAAAGUCUGAGAGUGUAGAGAAUUCAGAAUGCGACGCCCGAAAAUAUCGCUGAAAAAGUAUUUCUAUUUUACUUUGAUUUGCGCGCUAUUAUUGAUCUUUGGCUUCAAUCUCAAAGAGUACGAGAUAUGGAAGACGAAAAUAGCGCGACCUAUUUUGACGCCUUCCCAUCAGCAACCGCAACAGCAGCAACAACAGCAGCAGCAACAGCAACGCGAUUUUGCCGGCGAUACGAAUGAAUUAAAGAGCGGCGAACAGGAGGAAACCACGGCGGCGGCUUAUGAAUCAGCUCCGCCAGCUUCACCUGUUGCCCAAGCCGAUGCCGAGCCACAGCUGGAGGUGGAGGAGGAGUCGGUGCCGGGCGAGAAACGCUCAGAGCCGGCGGCCACAGCCAAACCAUGGUUCUUCCGCAAUGGCGAAUACUAUCCGAAGCCGGCGAAAACAUUCAGCAAUCGCAAGGCACGGAAGUUGCAUGCCCCACGACUGUUUCCCCAUCAGGAUACGCACAGCGAUCGUGUUGUGAAUCAGCUGAUGUAUGUGCCACACAACUACGAACAGAUCAAGGCGAGUGGCAAACUGAAAACCAUUCUGCUCUACAAUGGCCUCGGGCCGUGGAAUGUGAAAAAGGGACGCGAGGUCUUUUUGCGCUCCAAAUGUCCAGUGGACACGUGCGAGCUGACCGCGAAUCGGGAUCUGGCCAGUGUGGCGGACAUGAUACUCUACAAGGAUAAUUACAUACCCACGGGCAUUCGUCGUCCUAGUAAUCACAAGCAGGUCAGCAUGAUGUACUACCUGGAGUGUCCAUAUCACACACAAAACGUCAAAGUGCCCGACGCCAUCAACUGGACGGCAACCUACAGACGUGACAGCACGAUUAUGGCUCCGUACGAGAAAUGGCAGUACUAUGACACAAAGGUGCAGCAACUGGAGCAGGAUCAUAACUAUGCCCUCAACAAGACGAAGAAGGUCGCCUGGUUUGUCUCCAAUUGUGGAGCACGCAACGGACGAUUGCAGUAUGCACACGAGUUGCAGAAGCACAUUGAGGUGGAUAUUUAUGGCGCCUGUGGCAACUACAAAUGUCCCAGAAGCACAGCGGACAGAUGCUUCGAUAUACUGGACAACGACUAUAAGUUCUAUCUGGCAUUUGAGAAUUCCAACUGCAAGGAUUACAUAACCGAAAAGUUCUUUGUGAACGCCCUCAAUCGCAAAGUGCUGCCCAUUGUGAUGGGUGCUCGUCCAGAGGAUUACGAGGUGAGUGCACCACGACGAUCCUACAUCCACAUCGAUGAGUUUGCCUCGCCCAAAGAGUUGGCCGAGUAUCUGCACAUACUCGACAAGGACGACGAACUGUACAACUCCUACUUCAAAUGGAAGGGCACCGGUGAGUUCAUAAACACAUAUUACUGGUGUCGAGUCUGCUCGACGCUGCACAACGAGGAGCAGCUUCGCAAGCCGUCCUGGUAUCACGAUGUCAACGAUUGGUGGCGUGGCAUCGGUGUCUGCACAGCGGGAUCGUGGCGCAAUUUGAGGGCGCGCAAGGAUGUGAUUAGCGACGAUUGAGUUGGGGUUGCUCCACACGUUCAGAUAGUGGACGGCGCUGGUGUCAUAACAUAAUCAAAAAACAACCAAAAAGAACGUAAGAAAAACCAAAACCAAAAAAAAUCAAUACGACUAUGUGUGGCUCUAGUAUAUUGUUGUUGUUUUUUUGUAGGUAAUGUUUGUACUAUUUAUGUGUAAUGUGUAAAGAGAAUUCGCUUCGUUUUAUCGAAGUUAACGUCAAUGUUUUCUAGCUAGAACUAAGUGCAAACAGUCGCUUCUAAUAAGUAUUUCAAAAUCGGGGCAAAUCAAUAAUCAAACGAGCAUGGCGCACAACACCUCGGUCAGAAUGAAAUCGGGGAUAAUAAUCUCUAUGCAGAGUUCCUCUUCAAGGAAAGUUCGCAUCACAAAAUAAGAGAGAGAGAGAGAGAGGAAGGGAGGGAGAAAAGCGCAUAGAAACUAGCCUAUAGACUAAAGAUCCCAAGAAGAUCAUUGUAACAUAUACAAUACCAAAUAUAUAAGAGAACCUAGCCUAGUUAUACAAAUACAAAUUAUAUAUUUAGUUGUUUAAAAACGCAAGUCCAAUUUAGCGCAUAGGCAACACACAGAAACAUACAUAAACACUCAUUCAUACGAAAACAGGAUACACACAGACACACAGAAGUAAAUGUCAAUGUUCAGUAGCAUUAUGGAAUAGCUUAUAUAGUAGAGCUAUAUACUUAAAUAUAUACAUACCUAUAUACCGUAUAAUUAUAAAUCGUUUUGUAAGCAUUUUUGUAAGCAAACCAAGCGAAAAGUGGAGCAAACACAGUUCUUCGUCUGCUUCGGUUUUUUGUCCUUAACAUAUGUUGCAGAUCUGCAUCAGCUUUGCUUUUAGUUGAAUCGAUAUUAAAUACAAGUACUAUAUACAUACUAUAUGUACUAACUGUAGCUGCAAGAAUCGCACAAAACUGCAUCGCGCAAUACUCAGACAAGUCUGAGCUUUAUUCUGAUCGAAUAACAACAAACAAAACAACAUUCCUAUUUUUAUACACUUACAAAGGGUAUUUUAAUUUGAUAACCAUACAAAAAAUAAGAGAGAGAUAAUGAGAGUUGAAACAGCUGAACCAAUACAAAAUGCCCAUUUUGACUUUUCAACUCCUACAUAAUUACAAUGCUAGCGCAUUAUUCGCAAUAUUAUUGUAUUUAAUAUGUGUGUGUAUUCUUAAUCCUAUAAAUAUGAGUUUUGAGUUUAUGUUCGCAAUAAGUAAUGUGGAUAAUUGUUAAUUUUAGUUGUGAACUUCAAUUGAACUGUGUGUUUUUUACAAUUCUAGCAAUAUUUAUUAACGAAUAACGUUUAAUUUGUAAGCAUUUAAUAAUAUCAUAUGUGUAUGUAUGUAUUUUGAUUGUGAACUUGAUUAAUUUUUAAUUUUUACUGUGAUACAAAAAUAAACAAUGCAACAAAUACAACAAAUCGACAUGAAUUCUGUGUAAAUUCAAAUACUGGCAAGUGUUUCAACAUUCUAUGGCAUAUUCCAGUGGCUUAAAAAGCUUCGUAUACGUGACAUUUUAAAAUUAAGUACAAAACAAAAGAAACACGAAAAAAUGCAGUUGGGAAAUUCAAUGACAAUUCAACAGAUUGUUCAAAUAUAUGAGCAGGUGUUUCAAUGUUCUUCUAUUCUAUUUGUAAGCCUCCAAACAAUCUUAGGUAAGCAUAGCACCGUUUGUUUAAGCAUGACACAGUUUCAGCUGCUGCAGCAAAUCUUUUAAGUUGUUCAAUUUCAUUUGCUUCUGGUCAACAUCACCGACGGCAGCUGCCACAAU